CGCAUAUGAACUCGAGCUACCACGAGCCCAGAAACGGCCAUGCCAUCGUCAGUCGCUCUGGGGGUGUGAGAAUAGAGGUCUAUAGCUGAUGACAGGUCAAAAAUACUCUGCUACACGUUAAGAAUGGCGGGGUUAUGGCGAUCGUAUCUCCGGGUUCUCAACAAGUACCCGUGGAGGACAACAUGCGCCACUACAGGCACCCUGAUGAUGGCUGGUGAUGGAAUCAGUCAGUUGGUGGUGGAGAAGACAGAACUGAGGGACUAUGACCUGGCCAGGAGUGCCCGCUUCCUGGUGUUUGGCACGGUCGUCAUCGGACCAGCACUCCGUGGAUGGUACAUGAAUCUAGAUCGACUCUUCAUUGGGAAGAAGGCGGCACCAAUCAAAAUGAUGCUUGCAGAUCAGUCUUUCUUCGCUCCUCAAGUCCUAAUGGUGUUUCUGACUGGAAUGGCAGCGUUCCGAGGGGACAGUUUCCACGACAUCAAGCAGAAGGUCAAACAGGACUACCUUACAAUUCUGAUGACAAAUUACAAGGUGUGGCCGGCUGCACAGCUCAUCAACUUCUACCUCAUCCCACUUCAACACAGAGUUCUGUUUGUCAACUUCGUGGCCCUGGGAUGGAAUACAUACAUGGCCUGGAUGUCAGAGAAGAAGUGAGGUCGGGUCGCCCUCUCUCAAGAUUGGGCAUCAAGGGACUUACCUGACUAAAUUCCAGGUUCUACCCUUGCCUAAAUUUGCUGGAAUUUCUGGGCUCUUUCAUAUCCAUAUUCUGAUCGAUAAUCAAAAUCUAUAUUGUAAUAAAACAGGUCUUACUUCAUGAAGUGUGUCAGAUCAGGUGAGCACCUUGAUUAAAAACAUGAAAAGAUUUAGAAAAUAUCUGUUAACGCCGAGUUGGCAGUACACAUGCUUUGCAAUUCCUGCAGUUGACAGAAAUCUGCACGACAGUUUACAAACCGGAUGU